GGCCGGCCGCGGGACGGGGCCGUAGCGGCAGCUGAGGCGGCGCUGGAGGGGCGGCCGGGCCGCGUGGGGCCGGGUAGGCGGCAAGAACUCUCGGGCGGGGCGGUGCCCCCCAGCGCUGCGCGGGCGGAUCGUCCCCCGGCCUCCCUGUAUGUGAGAGACGGGGCCGGCGUCUCGGACGGAGCCGGGCCACGGGAGGGCUGAGCCGGCAGCCGCCGCGGGAGGAGCGGAGGCUUCGGGGAGCGCUUCCUUCCCACCGCCCGCACCGCCCUGCGCGGCAGCCCCAGCAUGGAAGCCAUCGCCAAGUACGACUUCAAAGCCACGGCGGACGACGAGCUGAGCUUCAAACGGGGAGAUAUCCUUAAGGUUUUGAAUGAAGAAUGCGAUCAGAACUGGUACAAGGCAGAGCUCAAUGGCAAAGAUGGCUUCAUUCCCAAGAACUACAUAGAAAUGAAACCACAUCCGUGGUUUUUCGGAAAGAUCCCUCGAGCAAAGGCUGAGGAGAUGUUAGGCAAACAGAGACACGAUGGUGCCUUCCUCAUCAGGGAGAGUGAGAGCGCUCCGGGGGACUUCUCCCUCUCAGUCAAGUUUGGAAAUGAUGUGCAGCACUUCAAGGUGCUCAGAGAUGGGGCUGGCAAGUAUUUCCUCUGGGUGGUGAAGUUCAAUUCUUUGAACGAGCUGGUAGAUUAUCACAGAUCCACAUCUGUCUCCAGGAACCAGCAAAUAUUUCUCCGGGAUAUUGAACAGGUGCCACAGCAACCCACAUACGUUCAGGCCCUGUUUGAUUUUGACCCCCAAGAGGAAGGAGAGCUGGGAUUCCGCCGUGGAGACUUUAUCCAAGUCCUUGACAAUUCUGACCCCAACUGGUGGAAGGGAGCCUGCCACGGACAGACGGGCAUGUUCCCACGCAACUACGUCACCCCAGUGAACCGGAACAUCUAGAGAGAAAUAUUAGAGAUUAUUUAAAGAGAAACAGUAAAUACACAUACAGAGCCUAA